AUGAAAGUCUUUCCCACACUUGUCAAGGAACAGACUUUCAGUUUGUCUGAACUGAUCACUGCGGUGGAACUUCUGUGUGAUCAGCAAGUCCUCCAGCAGGCCCAUACUGAUGCUAGGGUUGAGGUACCUGAACAUUUGGAAAAGACUUGUUAUGUCUAUGGCACUCACACAUGUACCUCUACCCUGGCUACCACUGUCCUUGCUAGGGACAGUGCAGACACCAUAGAUGACACUCAGAGUGACACAGAGUCAGAUGUUAGUGACAGUACCACAGCAUUAUCACCUCCUGCCAUCAUUAUUGCACCACCUCCACCUCCCACUACCUUCAUUGCACCAACUACUGCCGCCAUUGCACCUCCCACCACCAUCUUUGCAUCUCAUGGGAGCACAUCAGCUUCUGUAUGCUGGUAUGUCAUUACCGUCGGGCAUGAGACUGGCGUCUUUCAGGGCUGGCACAACAUGCAUGCCCAUGUAGUUGGUGUCCCUGGGGCUUGUUUUGGCAGAUACUCCUCUCAUGCUAGUGCAGAGGAGGCAUUUGCUCAGGCGGUGCAUGAUGGGACAGUGCAAGAGUUGGCGCUUUGA